AUGGUCCAUAUUGCUAUAUCGUAUAUUGAUUGUUUAUAUUCAACGCUGAACCAGCCUUCUACGUAUACUGUCCUUUACCAACAUCGGGGAGUCUAUCAAACCAUAGAAGAACAGAAGUUCACAAUUGGACUAAUGAGUGAUAAACGGAAACCGUUAGGUAUUCAUGGUGCUAAUAAUGAAAGGGUAAAUCCAACGCUGGAAACAACCUCAAACUUUGACAAAACUGAAACUUCUAUCCCUUUGCUUAAGCAAGAGCUUUGUGAGAACCUCGAAUCUGAAGUCGAAGAAAACAAGGAGAAUUUGAACAGCGAAAACAUUCGCCAAUUGCUUUUCGGAGACGAAAUCGCAGGAUUUGUUGACACUGGAGAGAAACCACCAUGUUCCUAUGCUACAUUGAUAGGUUUAGCUAUUCUUCAAACCCCAGACAGACAAUUAACUUUGAAUGGUAUUUACACGUGGAUUCGAAAUACCUUUCGCUACUACUUAAACCAUGAUGGAGGCUGGCAGAAUAGCAUUCGACACAAUUUAUCAUUGAAUAAAGCCUUUUUGAAGGUUGGGAAAAGCAAAGGAAAGGUAUCAAAAGGUCAUUAUUGGACAAUUGAUCCUGAGUAUGUGCAAGGGUUUGUCAAUAUUAAAUUAAACCGCGGAGGCUCCUCAGAUUCAAACUCUAAAAAGCGGACCUCUUCAAGGAGUAAUGAUCUUAAACCAUCUUUAAAACGGGACAACUCAUUCCCUCGUAAAAGAACACGGAUCAAUGCAUUCAAAUCUGGUGGUUCCUCAAACGCAAACGCUUCAGCCUCUAAACCUCCACUUACUAAAAGUAAUACGGAACCAGCAUUGCCCUUAAACUAUGACCAUGGUUUGAAACAAACAAACAAGUCACCACUUACUUUAUCAUCUGCUUCAAACAUAAACAAAGCUUCUGAACCUUCUCUCACUGAUCUAAAACAACAAGAACAUUCUAAUUCAUCUGAUCAACCAUUUUAUGAUAACAAUGAACCUCCAUUCUCCCAACUUUCAUCCUACCAGGACUAUUCCCUCAGUAGCUUUGCUGAUGAUGAGCAACCCUAUUUCCGCCAAGCGUUUUCCUCUAACGACAUUUCCUAUUCAACAAAUACAGAAGAUGUCUUACAAGCUGAUUUUCCCGUUUCUCAGCAACAAAAUUUAGUAACUUCGUAUGUUGCUUCUCCGAAUUCUCAUUCACCUCAAUAUCUGUCAAAAAGGAUAUCAACCCUGACCUGUCCUUCUCGGUUUUUUGACUACCCUGGAUGUCCUUCUUUCCAUCGUACUGAUACUUCUUACUCUGCCCCAGACGCCGUCUAUCCAUCCAGUUACAAUUCUAAUAAUGCCACCGAAAGUCCCUGUACCAAAGUAUCCCCAAAUAGCCCGGCAACUUCCUUAAAGAAGCAUCGAGAGCAUGUGAAAUCCUUACUUUGUCCUAUGGAUUUAGCACCGCCCCUUGAUGGUUCUGAUCCAUGGAACACGUCCAGCCAAUUAUUUUCUGAAUCUUUGUUCGACCAUCAUUCUUUUCAGUCUUCACUCGACGAUUUGGUUUCGGCUGCUUGUUUUCAAAACAGCCCAGAAACAGUCAUCGAAUCUAGUAAUGCUAAUGACUCUGGUUCAAUUGCUCCCACAUCUUUAUAUUCUUCUCAAAUACUAAAACAAGGGAACGACUCAUUUGAACAAACAUCAGACGACUCAAUUGCUGAGCAAUUAGCGUACGAAAGUAAGACGAAGGAGAUUCCCUCUUGCUCUAAGGCAAGGCAAAAUGCAAACAAGGUUGAAGAAUGCUCUGGUAGCAAUUUUGAACAUUUAGAUGAAGCAGAUAAGCAACUGCUACGCCUGGGUUCGGAAAUUAAUGAUUUUCGAUGA